UUCCCCCAACGCUCCUUACCGGCAAAAGUUCAACGUUCGACAGUCGCACAAUGAAGCUUCCCGUCCUCGCAGCCGCCGCCGCCGCCGCCCUCCCUACCAUCGCUGCCCACAAACCCAAUCUCCCCCGCCAGGGCCCUGCCUCUUCAGGCUCAGCAGCUACCUCUAGCACGUUUUCCGUUCCCGGAUACGCCCCAGGCGUUAGCGUCGCGAGCAGCUUCAGCACCUUGCCCACAGUAUCAUGGUCUCUCCCCUCCGUCAACCCGACCGCGAUCCCACUGUCAGACAUCGUGCCUGGGACUAUCACGACUCAGUCGACGCUAGGUGCAACCACGACUUUCCCCGCCGGCAGCACGCCAACGGGCAUCCCUAAUGCCCCACCCAUGCCCAACUGGCAGACGUUAUCCCCCGCUAAUUACCCAGCGUUGGAUAAAACCCCUCCGACUGAUUCGCCCCAGGUUCAGCAAUGGAUUCAAGAUGUCCAGAACUCUGGUAUUGCGAUCCCUGACUUCCAGCCCACUCAGCCCGGUGGCUGCCCCGCCAACCUCGAGCUCGCUUCUAACGAGACUUUGUGCUGGUGGACAUGUACUGGUUGCACCGCUAGCACUGACAUCACGACCUGCCCCACCAAGCUCACUUGGGGUGUCACUCAUGAUGAUGGUCCCUCUCCGUACACACCCAACCUCUUGCAGUACUACAACCAGAACGACCUUACGGGGACGUUUUUCUGCAUCGGCUCUCGUGUCAUCUCUUAUCCUGCUAUCCUCCAGGAAGAAUACAUGGCCGGUAACCAGAUUUGCGCCCAUACUUGGUCCCAUCCAUACAUGACCACUCUUACCAAUGAGGAGAUAAUCGCGGAGCUCGGCUGGUCGAUAAAGGUCAUCAAGGAUGUCCUUGGUGUGACUCCUCUUUGCUGGCGCCCCCCUUACGGUGACGUCGAUAACCGUGUACGCGCUAUCGCCACGGCCAUGGGCUUGGAGACCAUCAUCUGGACACGCGUCAGCCCUACGGUGACUUUCGACACUGGCGACUUCAACAUCCCUGGUGACACGAUUUCUCCCUCGCAGGUGCUCCUGAACUGGGAAAAUAUCAUGGGCAACGCGACCAUCAUCAACACGGGCUUCAUUGUGCUUGAGCAUGAUCUUUUCGCGCAGACUGUCGACAUGGCAGUAGGCUAUAUUCUUCCCGCUGCACUCGCGUUCCAGCCCAAGCUUACCCUGAAGCCCGUCAUCGAAUGCCUAGGCUUCACCUUGGCGGAUGGCUACCUUGAGACAAACGACAACACGACGCACCCGUUGCCCACCAGUUCCUUCUCCAACGCACCUUCAGCGACCGGCGCGGCUGGCUCUGCACAAGCUUCUGCUAGCGGCAACGCUAGCGGCGGCACCACGAAUCCAACAGGUGGCGCGGCGUCUGUCGCCACCAACAACGCGUUGUUGGCGGCCGGCACGGCUGCCGCCGCGAUUCUCGCUGCCCUCGGCACAUUGUUGUAAUCUCGCCACGUCUUCAUUAAUGCACGCGCACGAGCUGCACGUCAUCCGCACGGUAGUGGCAUUUAUGUCAUGCCAUGCCUCGACCCUUUCCGACUAGAACUUACUCCUCUUCAUCUGGACCCUAUGCUAUCCGUCUCUCGGUUUUUGGCACUGCCUUCUGCUUCGUCGAAUUAUUAGUCCCUGCAACGUCAUCUCCAAGAUUCCUCCUAGGACUGUUACCCUUGUCGUCACACUUAUUACAUGGACCCCUUUUAGUACGCCACCGUGAGAUGGUAUAUACCGUCCAAUGUACCUAUUUCCUUCACUCGUUCCUUGGACAACUUUCCGCCGUGCGGCCCGAGGACGUGUAGCGUAGCGUAGUGAGCCAGCAGAGAAACGUCAUAGUAUCUGAGAUUG